AUGCUGCGAUUUCCCAGAGUUUUUCUGGGAACUCUGUUUUUGCUACAUUUAAGCAGCGACUCUUUGGCAGAAGCUAAAGCGAUUGAUAGUUCCACAAGUGAUAAAAGUGGCGGGGCCGACAUUAAUUUAGGACUAAAGGCUUCCUUGGGUCCUCAUGGUGGCAGCAUAGCUGUUGGAGGUGGUAUUGACAAAUUGGAAACCGGAAUAGAUGCAGAGGUGCAUUUCGGUUCAAACGGCGGCAAAGGCUCGAACGAUGCAGGGUCUAAUCUGUCCAGUGGCAGUGGAAGCAAAGCAAGUAAAAGUGGGAACAAGUCGUGGAUUGCUGAGAAAACCAGUAAUGUCUCCACUAGUCUGGAGGGUGUAGCACAUUGGCUAACUGGCGGAAAUAGUGGUGGUGGUAGUAGUGGUGAUGUAGGUGGAGGUGGAGGUGGAGGUGGAGGUGGAGGUGGAGGUGGAGGUGGAGGUGGAGGUGGAGGUGGAGGUGGAGGUGGAGAAGGAGGUGAAGGUGGAGUUGGAGGUGGAGGUGGAGGUGGAGGUGGAGGUGGAGGUGGAGGUGGAGGUGGAGGUGGAGGUGGAGGUGGAGGUGCAGGUGCAGGUGCAGGUGGAGAUGCAGGUGCAGGUGGAGGUGCAGGUGCAGGUAUUGGAGGUGGUGGUGGCUUCGGAGCCGGUGGUGUUGUCGGAGGUGGAUUUGGAUUCGGCGGUGGCUUUGGAUUCGGUGGUGGCGCUGGUGGUGGCAGAAAUGAAGGAACUAGUGGGGGUGGAAGCCAUGGUAGCGAUGGUGGUUCAUCCUCGGUUGGUAAUAGCGGCGAUGGCAGUGCAAAUGGGGGUCGUGGCGGAAGUGUUGACGACAAUGGUGGUACUACUGGAGGUCAUGGCAGUGGUGGUGGUUCAUCUUCUGGUGAAGACGGAGGUAGUGGUAGAAUUGGUGAUAGCGGUGGUAGCAGUGGAGGCAACGAAAAUUCGGGAAGCCAUGCCAGCGGUGGUGGUUCAUCCUCUGGUGAUAAUAGCGGCAAUGGCGGUGCAAAUGGGGGCAGUGGUGGAGGUAGUGACGGUAAUGGGAGCAGAAACGGAGGUCUUGGUACCGGUGGUGGAUCAUCUUCUAGUGGAGGUUGGAGCAGUGGUGACAAUGGUAUAGGUGGAAGUGGUGGUGGUAGUGGAGGAAACAAUAGUUCUGGACCCCAUGGCAGCGGUGGUGGUUCACCCUCUGGUGGUAAUAGCGGCGAUGGCAGUGCAAAUGGGGGCAGUGGUGGAAAUGGCAACGAAAAUAGGAGCGGAAGCGGCGGUAGCGGCGAAGGAAACUUCAGUGGAGGAAGCGGAACUUCUGGAGGCCAUGGCAGCGGUGGUGGUUCAUCAUCUGGUGAAAACGGGGGUAGUGGUAAAAGUGGUGGCAAUGGUAUGGGUGGAAGCGGUGAUAGCGGUGGUAGCAGUGGAGGAAAUGAGAAUUCGGGAAGCCAUGCCAGCGGUGGUGGUUCAUCUUCUGGUGGUAAUAGCGGCAGUGGCGAUGCAAAUGGGGGCAGUGGUGGAGGUGGUGACGAUAAUGGGAGCAGAAGCGGAGACUAUGGCACCGGUGGAGGGUCAUCUUCUAGUGGAAGCUGGAGCAGUGGUGACAAUGGUAUAGGUGGAAAUGGUGGUGGUAGUGGAGGAAACGAGAGUUCUAGACUCCAUGGCAGCGGUGGUGGUUCAUCUUCUGGUAAAGACGGGGGUAGUGGUAAAAGUGGUGGCAAUGGUAUGGGUGGAAGCGGUGGUAGCAGUGGAGGAAACGAGAAUACGGGAAACCAUGGCAGCGGUGGUGGUUCAUCUUCUAGUGGUAAUAGCGGCAAUGGCAAUGCAAAUGGAGGCAGUGGUGGAGGUGGUGACGAUAAUGGGAACAGAAGCGGAGGUCAUGGCACCGGUGGUGGUUCAUCUUCUAGUGGAGGUUGGAGCAGUGCUGAUAAUGGUAUAGGUGGAAGUGGUGGUGGUAGUGGAGGAAACAAUAGUUCUGGACCCCAUGGCAGCGGUGGUGGUUCACUCUCUGGUGGUAAUAGCGGCGAUGGUAGUACAAAUGGGGGCAGUGGUGGAAAUGGUAACGAAAAUGGCAGCGGAAGCGGUGGUAGCGGCAAAGGAAACUUCAGUGGAGGAAGCGGAACUUCUGGAGGUCAUGGCAGCGGUGGUGGUUCAUCUUCUGGUCAAGACGGAGAUAGUGGUAGAAGUGGUCACACUGGUAUGGGUGGAAAUGGUGAUAGGAGUGGUAGCAGUGGAGGAACCCAGAAUUCGGGAAGCCAUGGCAGCGGUGGUGGUUCAUCCUCUGGUGGAAAUAGCGGUGCAAAUGGGGGCAAUGGUGGAGGUGGUGAUGAUAAUGGGAGUGGAAGCGGUGGGAGCACCGUAGGAAACUUCAGUGAAGGAAGUGGAACUUCUGGAGGCAAUGGCAGUGGGGGUGGUUCAUCUUCUGGUGGAGAUUGGGGUAGUAGUAGCAGUGGUAGCGGCGGAGGAAAACCGAAUGGGAGGAACGGAAGCUCUGGAAACCAUGGCAGCGGUUCCUACUCUGGAGGUAUUGGGGGCAGUGGGAGAGGUGGUGGCAAUGGUAUCAGUGGAAGUGGUGGCGGCGUUAGCGGUACAAACAGGGGCAGUGAUGGCGGGUGGGACAAUGUUGGGAGCGAAACCAGUGGUAGCGGUUACUGGAGCAGUGAUCACCAUUGCGGAGAAAUGUGUGACGGUCAUUUGCUUCCUGGCCAAAAACAUGGUAUUCAAUUAGGAAAAAAGAAGUACACGAUAUUAGGCGGAUUCGGGAAUAACGAGAAUAGUAACAAAUAUAAUAGUUAUUGGGACUAUGUUUUGCAAUUUGUUAUGUGCACUGAGGCAAACCUAAAGCUUGUGGAUAGUCUCUUUAACAACCACGAUCUUUGCUCAUUCUACAGCAAAAUAUGCAAUAGACUUUUUGGUUGAUAUAUAAAGGGCAAACAAAUUUAUACAGAAUAAAUUAUGAAGUUUGAAUAUA